AUGCUCCAGUCUCCAGGGGAGAAUCAGACUCUGCUCUUCCAGCCUCGCCCGCGUUCGCUGCUGUUGCAGCAGCCCGGGCCGCCUGCAGUGGGCGCUGGGGAGGGCGCAGGGGAGCCGCCUGUGGCUCCGGGGCCGGCGCAGAUAGUGGCUGGCAGCCUGCUGUCCCUGCUGAUUCUCUGGACGCUGUUCGGCAACGUGCUGGUGUGUGUGGCCAUCAUCCGCUUCCGGCACCUGAGGAGCAAGGUCACCAACAUCUUCAUCGUGUCCUUGGCCGUCUCUGACCUCUUGGUGGCCCUGUUGGUGAUGCCCUGGAAGGCAGUGGCUGAGGUGGCUGGCUACUGGCCCUUCGGGGCCUUCUGCAAUGUCUGGGUGGCCUUUGAUAUCAUGUGUUCCACUGCCUCCAUUCUGAACCUCUGUGUGAUCAGCAUGGACCGGUACUGGGCCAUCUCCAGCCCAUUCAGGUACGAGAGGAAGAUGACGCAGAGGGUGGCUUUGGUGAUGAUCAGUGUGGCUUGGGCUUUGUCUGUCCUUAUCUCCUUCAUUCCUGUCCAGCUCAACUGGCAUAAAGGUGGGGAUGUUGGUGGCGGUGGACCAGGCACUACCUCGGCAGCAGCGGGCACUGGCACCACCUGGGCGGAAGGGAUUGGCACCACCUGGACAGUAAUAUCAAAACCCUCUGAGGGGACCCCCGGCAGCAAUGAGACUCUUGAGGAACAGGCUGAGAGCUGUGAUUCCAGCCUCAACAGGACCUAUGCUAUCUCCUCCUCGCUGAUCAGCUUUUAUAUCCCUGUGGCCAUCAUGCUAGUCACCUACACACGGAUCUACCGCAUUGCCCAAGUGCAGAUCCGCAGGAUUUCCUCCCUAGAGAGGGCAGCCGAGCAUGCACAGAGCUGCCGGAGCAACCGCGUUGACUGCCACCACCACACCAGCCUCAAGACUUCAAUCAGAAAAGAGACCAAGGUCUUGAAGACCCUCUCAGUCAUCAUGGGAGUCUUUGUCUGCUGCUGGCUGCCCUUCUUCAUCCUGAACUGCAUGGUCCCCUUCUGUGAGAGCCCCCCUAAUGAUCCCCAUGCUGGCCUUCCCUGUGUCAGCGAGACCACGUUUAAUAUUUUUGUAUGGUUUGGCUGGGCCAACUCAUCCCUCAAUCCCAUCAUCUAUGCUUUCAAUGCUGACUUCAGGAAGGUUUUCUCCAACCUCCUUGGGUGCAGUGAGUUUUGCUCUAGCACUCCAGUGGAGACAGUCAAUAUAAGCAAUGAACUCAUCUCCUACAAUCAAGACACGCUUUUCCAUAAGGAAAUAGUGACUGCUUAUGUCAACAUGAUCCCUAAUGUGGUUGAUUGCGAGGAUGAACCUUUCGACAGGAUGUCCCAGAUCUCCCCAGACCACGAGAUUGCCACCGACUCAAUGUGUGAGCUGGACUGUGAGGGGGAGAUCUCCCUAGACAAAACAACACCUUUCACUCCAAAUGGUUUACAUUAAAUUGCAUCAUGUCCUGUCUGCUUUUACUGGAUUGUACAACAAAUUACAAACACAGAAUGAAAAGACUAGUGGACUCUAAACUGUAGUUUGGUCAGUCAAUUCACUCCAACUGUGUCUAGCACUUUCAGGGUUUAGAAAUUGUCACAGAGAGUUGAUAAAACAAACUUAAUUCAACAAUCCCAAACUGAGAGAGGAUUAGGAAGUUAAAUCAGCCCUGGGGUGUGAUACUGGGAUAUGAUUGCAGUUAGUGUUUAUAAAAAGCUCUGAAGAUGGAAAGUGCUCUCAAAGCAUAAAGUAUCAUGACUUCUAAGAACAGGGACAGAUGUAAUGACAUGGUCACUAAAAAGAAAAAUUAUUAGAUUGCCUGUCCAGUUCUUGUUUUUGUUUGAAUUUUAUGUGGAGCUAAGGGUUGGAGUGGUGGUGAAUUGGGUGAUUAUUUAAAUACUUGUUUCUGUUUCUUUCAAAACAGUUUCUCUGUAAUUCAUGUGUUUUUCCUAGGCAGCAUUAUUGCUGUUGAUAUCCUUGCCUUGUCCUGAAGAUGAAAAUAAA